AUGCUGUUCAUCUACAGCCACUACAAACAGGCAACUGUGGGUGAUGUAAAUACAGAACGUCCUGGAAUGUUGGACUUCAAAGGCAAGGCCAAGUGGGAUGCCUGGAAUGAGCUGAAAGGGACUUCUAAAGAAGAUGCCAUGAAAGCUUACAUUGACAAAGUAGAAGAACUAAAGAAAAAAUAUGGAAUAUAA